AUGGGCACUCGGUUCACAGGUGAUACCAAGGAUCCUGCAAUCAAUGUGACUGCCUGGUGUUUUUUGAUUGUGAUGAUUCUGAGCGUUUGCACUCGACUGGGUACCAAAUAUCGACUCUUUCAUGGCCUUGAUAUCGAUGACUUUCUCAUUGUGACUUCACUGUCGCUCGCAACCAGCCAGACAAUUGUUGUAUCUUUGGCGGUGGGAUCCGGCUAUGGCAGCCAUUCAGGAGAGAUAUCCAGUCUUGAGGCAGUCCGAGUCAUGAAGAGCUUGUAUGCUGCAUUGCUUCUCUACACGGCAAGCCUGUUUCUUUCCAAGAUGUCUUUUGUCAUCUUCAUCCGGCAGUUCACGCUAGGGGCUAAGGGCAAACGGUUGUCCCGAUGCAUCGAAAUGGCUCUAUAUGUCUGGGCUUUGACUGUACUUUUACGUAGUGCUUUUCAAUGCAAGUUCCCGCCUUGGGAUCUGUGGCGCGGCCAGUGUUUUAACUUGCUUGCCUGGCGGUAUUUUGUGGUGAUAUCAAAUGUUGCGACCGAGGCACUCUUGAUUUCGCAAAUAAUUCCACUGGUCCUGACACUGCAGAUCAUCAAAUAUCGCCUUAUCGUGGCAAGUAUUUUCCUACCACGUCUCCUUGUGAUGACUGUAUCGAUAUGCGAGCUUUCUUUCCUCAAGAAAGCCACGCAGACACCUGAUCCCGCAUACGACACGUGCGACAUCACCAUCUUCGAACUGGCGAUCCAAUGCCUGGGUAUAGUGGCCGCGUGUUGGCCACAGCUGCAGCUUUUCUUUCCUGGUGGCCUCAUAAUACGAGAUGCCAAUGGCGCUCCAGCGCAGGGCUAUAGGGUACGAUCAUCCGCCAAGCCAUCCGGCUGUCGUGCGGAGGGUCAAGAAUUGUCAGAUUUUCGCAUCCCAUCUCAUUCGAGAGAGAGUACAAGGAAUCAGGGAAUAAAGAGACGAGAAAGCUGGGUACCGCAGCGCAUACAGCAAGCACAGAGCAUCGAUCUGGAGAGCCUGGACGCUGCAAGCCAACAAAGCUACGUGGAAACAAUCCUAGAGGAGCAAAUCCACCGACGCGAUGAUAUCUGGUUAUGA